GGCCCCUCCAACCCGUCCCGCCUUCCGGAGAUGAGCCCCAGCAGCUGCGGACCGAGAGAAGAGGAGCCGCGGGUCUGGCAGCUACUCUGAUGAAACAUGGCUUCCUGGCUCUGGAGAAGGCUGCGUGGGAAAAGGCGCCCUCUCACCGGCUUCUGCUUCUUCCUGGCCAUGUCCGUGGUGGUUCUCACCGGCUUCUCCCCGGGCUUCCCCGGGGCUCCCACUGAGCCUCCCGGCUGGGCCCGCCGACCCCCCAGGGCGAUGGACGUCAUUGCUCCGGCCGGCCCAAAGGCUCCGAGCUCCAGGCAUCCCGGGAGGAUGGUGCCCCAGGGACCCCGGGUCUCCCCGGAGAGCCCCAGCCUGGUCUGCAAGGAUGACGGAGGCUCCCGAGGCAGAGGCCGCAGCCGGGCCCACCUGGGCAAGCCCAGCGGCCGCCGGGGCCGGGCCAAGAGGGACGUCGCCGCCCGCACCGUGGCCGCUCGGGGAGAGUCCAGCGCCACAAGUCACCCCGGCGGGGCCAGGAAGGUUCUUCGGGGGAGGAGGGACGCCAGGGGCCAGAGAGCCAAGGGCCCUGAGGCUUUGAGGCGAGGCCGGCGGGAUGCCCGCCUCCCAGAGCUGCCAAUCAAGGAGGUGCCUCCCGGACGGGAAGGAAGGCUGGGCCAGAAGCCCUCCGCGGCUGGGCCGCCCGCUCUCGCUUCCCUGCACGAGGCCUUCGGGGCUGGCGGGGGCGCCCCGGGGGAUGCGGCUGUUCAGGCCGCUGGGGCUGGGGAGGAUCCGGGGCCGGGGCCCGAGGACCGGGCGGGCAGCCACGCCCAGGGCCGGACCGCGAGUCUGUGGCCAGCUUCCGCCGGAGAGCUUCGGGCCUCUGCCUGGUGCGGGCCCGGGGAGGGCGGACCCCCGGGGGCGGGGGAAACCCCUCCGUGGUUCUCAGCGGACGACGUGUGGAAGAUGCGGCUGCUGGCCCGCGGGGAGGUGACGGGCAGAGCCCGGGUCCCGGGGCAUGGGCAGGUGCUCCGCGUGGGCCUCUCCGUCGGGGGCGGCCCCGGGGGCGCGCCCCCGGACCUGGGCCGCCUCUGCUCCGAGGGCCGCUGCGGGCUGAUCAAACGGGCGCAGGACCUCCCGGAGGUGCUGGCCUUCCACCUGGACCGCGUGCUGGGCUUGUCCCGCAGCCUGCCCGUGGUGGCGCGCCGUUUCCACAGCCCCCUGCUGCCCUACCGCUUCACGCGCGGCGAGCCCCGGCCCGUGGUCUGGUGGGCCCCCGACGUCCGGCACCUGAACGACAGCGACAACGACCAGAAUUCCUUUGCCCUGGGAUGGCAGCGCUACCAAGCCCUGCUCCGGCUCCGCUGCGGCUCCGGGGCCCCGCUGGCCCAGCCGCCCUGCCUGGGCAUCCGCCACACCGAGUGGGCUCGCCUGGCCCUCUUUGAUUUCCUCCUGCAGGUCCACGACCGCCUGGAUCGCCACUGCUGCGGCUUUGAGCCUGAGCCAUCGGACCCGUGUCUAGAGGAAAGGCUCCGGGAGAAGUGCCGGAAUCCGGGCGAGCUGCUCCUCGUCCACAUCCUGGUCCGGGAGAGUGACCCGUCUCGCUUGGUGUACAUCGACAACGCUGGCAAACUUUUGCACCCACAAACCAAGCUGAACUUCCGCCUUCUCGAGGGCAUCGAUGGGUUCCCGGAAUCAGCCGUGAAGGUCAUUGCCUCUGGGUGCUUGGAGAAUUUGCUGCUCAGGUCUCUGCAGACGGACCCGGAGUUCUGGGACAGCCAGGGAGGGCCCCGGGGCCUGAAGCCUUUGCUCCUCCCCAUCGCGGAGAGGGCCCAGGUGCUGCUGGAGUACAUCCGGGAGCGCAACCUGACCCUGUUCGGCGAGGAGGCCGGAGGAGGGCACGGGCUGCCCCUCACCUGAUCAGAGAACACGGGCAGCGGGGAGCCUGGCUCUCAGGGCUGCCCAUGCUGAAAAAGCACAUUCUCCACGGUGCAAAUGAAAUGUGGAAAUGUUGGGACUCGCUGCUCGCUGAGGGGGUCCCGACCAGCCGCUGGGCCACGUGGGCGUGUGGCCUUUGCCCCCUCCCCACCGCCUCUCUGUCAUCCUCCUCCCCUUCUGAUGUUCGCAGGGAUGACUCUCCUCGGAGGGACGACGUCUUAGAGAAAUUUCCCUCCCCCCCUACGAGCACUGACUGAGCAUCCAUGCCAGGCGGGCACCUGUGCCAGGCGCUGCCCUCGAGGAGCUUGCGUUCUGCGGGAAGGCGCAAAGGCUUCCUGACUCUCAGAGCCCACAUGGGGCUACAUUUGUCCGGGAGCCGCAAGGCUCCGUCUCACUGCGUGGACAAAGGCGCUGCCCCCGUCUGCUCGUGCUCCUGAGAGCGCAUGGUGGCCAGGGGGAGCCUCGCCUUUGUCGGAGGGCGGAAGCCAGUCCCCCUGGGCCCUGGGCAACCCCGAGGGCUCUGGGAGAAGCGGCGUCCAGUCAGCGGGACAGAGAGGAGGAGAAGUUAUUGGGGGAGGCGGGUGUGUCAGUGUCUGCUCUGACCUCUGAGCCGCCUUGUUUUCCCCUGUGAUUUUUAGUGGGGAAGGGAACCAGCUCUCGAAGCUUUUUGAUUGUAAUGUCUCUGUGAGCACCUCCAGUCCCUGGCUCCAAGGUCAGUCCCACAGUCACUGAGCCGUGGCAACUCUCACGGCUAAAUUGGAUGGGGUUCUAGAGCGGGGUUCUAGAGCGGGGUUCUAGAGCGGGGCUUUACCUUGGGAUUCGCAGACCCCUGGGGGCGGGGGUGGGGGCGGAGUACCGAGGGAUUCCCCCAGCUUCUCACUGAAGUUUAGCAUUGCCUUUUCCUAUUGAAGAGCAAGAUUCUGAGCAGGGAGUCACGGGAUGUCACAAUGAUGGGGUUAGUUAGGAGCCUCAGCCUGGGAAGGUCCGCUCACCCAAGAACCAUUUAUACACCGACAAGAGCCACGUGAAAAAAGGUGGCGUUAGAAAUAAAAUAAAAAGGCAACAAAAUA